AUGGCUCUGCUGUCAUCUUCUCGCCUCGAAGCCAUCCGUCUUAUUCGUGAACAACUCCAGUGUUCAUUAUGUGGUAAUAUAUUCCAAGACCCCCAAUGUCUCGACUGUAAACAUAAUUUUUGUCGCCCGUGUAUCUUGUUACACCUUAAAAAGAACAAUUCUUAUUGUCCCAAUUGUCAAUUACCUACAAGACCGAGUGAAGUGACGCAUAAUCAAUUUUUGGAGAGCAUUUUACUGGCCUGGAAGAGCGUCGAGACGGAACUUGAGAUUUUAAAUGGAGAUCCGGCACUCCAUGCAGGAAAAUUUACAGUACAAGACACAGAUCAAGCACUCUAUCGAGCUGUUAAUGGGUCGGGUGCAGUGACAAUAAAUAAAGACAGUCAACAGGAAGAGAGGCAGUCUACGAGAGGAAGAGUAGCCAAUAACAAAUGGCACAUUAACACACAGGAAAUUCGACAAGAGCUCAAGUUAGAACAACCUUAUUUAUCACAAUAUUAUGGCUCGAGACGACCAGGGAAUACGGAUGGUUGGAAAAAAACGAGUAGUAGUGACUUGUCGGAUGAUUACGGAGGAAGUGCUAGAAAAGAAGAUCAAAACAGUAGACAUAGACGGAAUGGGAGUAGGGAGAACAAGGAGAAGGUGUCGGUGGAUGAGGUGAAUCAAGUGGAGCGAGAAGAGAUGACGAGAUGGGUACAGGGCGGUAAAGAGGAGGAGGAAGAGGAGAAUGAUGGAUUCGUAUCGUCAUCGAUUCAUAGUUUGAUGGCAACGCAAGAGGUGGAAAGUUAUAUGAACCGAAUUACGAAACAGCGGGAAGCGUUGAGUCAGUGGGAAAGAAGUGGACAUGGAAAGAGUGGUGGAAAGGCGUCGCUGCUGGCUUUGGAACGCUCGUUACACAGCAGUUAUGAUUUUGAUGAGUUGCUGAAGGAACGACAGAGAGAGUCGCAACACUAUGAUGAUGACGGCGACUUGUUGACGCAAAUGACACAGAUGACUCAAACGUCACCAUAUACUAGUGCGCUUGAGUCGCCUGACCUACUUGCUUCGUACCGACGGCAACAGUACACAGGCCACACCAAAAACGACAACCAUCGACGGCGAGGAAAUAAAGCGAAACGACGGGUUUUACCUACGUCAUCACCACCAUUGCAUCCUCGAGGUCGAAUAUCGACGCCGUCACGCAAACGACUACGCAUGCCCACUCUUCCGAAUAAUCACUCGACUUGCGGCCACAUCACCGCAUCGGCUAUCGAUUCCUCGCAAAUUAUUUCAGAUACGGAUAACGAAGAUGAAAUACCGGACAGUCAACCAGCAACAAUGCUACUGGAUGAAGCAGAUAAGGAAACUGAUGAUGAAGAAGAGUACGAGACGAAGCCAGCAGUACCCUUACCACACACGCCUGAUUACAAAAUGCCUUUAUCUGAUCGACACUGCGAACGUCUAAGAAGUUUGUUUUCACGGAAGAAAGAACACGAUGACUAUGGGAGCGCUAUCAUGGCUUUCCAGUCGGAACACAAAUACGGUAGUGGCAGUCCCAAGACUCAAGCAGCCAGACAAUUGAAGUAUUCUGUUUCGCAGAAUAAGACUGUAGCUGGUGCUAUUGCAGCUACAAGAGACGGCAAUAUUGUAAGAUCAAAUUCCGCUGGAAGCUCGUCAAAGCCUCCCAAGCACACUUCGACUAGCAACUCAAAGCGUUUGGAGGGUGGCUCGAAUUACGUAUUCGUGAGCUCUGAUCUUACCCGUGAGAAAGUCAAGUGUGUGCUUGAGGCAACUCAUCGUCUAGGGGGCAAGUUUGGACAUGACUUUGAUCUCAAGCGUGACCCUUUAACGGGCCACUUUUGUACAUCCGUGACGCAUUUGAUCACAAAGGCAGUACCUCCUAUCGGCGCCAUUAGUGGCACCGAACCGGACGAAUUGCGAUGUAAGCGGACCGCCAAGUAUAUGCGUGGACUGGCUGAAGGUACUUUUGUGAUGGACUUUUCUUGGAUCACAGCCAGUCUAGCUGCAGGUAGAUGGCUAACGGAAGAACCUUUUGAGAUGAUUGGUGAUAUCUACAGUGAUGCAAUUGGGAAACCACACGAAGGUCGUAUCCGUCGCAUGCAAACUGGACGACGUAACAGUAUUUUCAGCAUGUUCAGCUUUGUGCUUCUUGUAUCGGAACAAGAAUUUGAUUUCCAGUUCAACUCGGUGAAAAAUGUGGUCAACAAUUUUGGAGGUACCGUCGUCAAUGCCGAGAGUUUUGCUAAACCGAAAAAGAAGAAUCGAUCACGUCGUACUUCUGUUGGUGUCGUAUCGAAAACAACUUUACCUUCGGAUGCUAAGGCGAAAUGGCAGCAAUUUCAAAUUCCAAUUGUACGUAUCACGUGGAUUUUCGAUAGUGUGAGUCAUCUUGAAGUACUACCUUUUGACGACUACUAUCCGUACUAA